UUUAAUAAAUUUAUAUAUCAAAUAUUAUGUUUCUGUAGAAGAGUGCAAGGUUUGAGGUGGAGAAAGUGCAAAUGAAGAGGAGUAGAAAUAUUGAGCUGAAUAUGUGCAGUGAGCGAUGCAGUAUGGUGUGUAAUUAGUCAGAAUCAUCUAACGCUGUGUGUGUGUGUGUGUGUGUGCGUGUGUGUGUGUGUGUGCGUGUGUGUGCGUCAGAGUGCUGGGAUCAGGAUCCGCACCGGCGGCCCAGCUUCUCCUCCAUCCUGCAGCAGCUGACGGCUCUGGAGGAACAGGUGAAGGACGAGAUGCCGCAGGACUCCUUCCAUUCGCUCCAGGAGGACUGGAAACUCGAGAUCCAGGACAUGUUUGAUGAGCUGCGAGCCAAAGAGAAGGAGCUGCGGUGUCGUGAGGAGGAGCUGAAGCGUGCGGCGCUGGAGCAGAAGUCUCACGAGGAGUUCCUGCGUCAGCGCGAGCAGCAGUUAGCGCAGUGGGAGCAAGACGUGUUCGAGCGCGAGCUAUCACUGCUCAUCCUACACCUCAACCAGAACCAGAAACCUAAUGUCAAGAAGCGCAAGGGAACCUUCAAGAAGCACAAGCUGAAGGUGAAGAACGGAGAGAAGAUCAGCAUGCCGCAGGAUUUUAUCCAUAAGAUCACGGUCCAGGCGUCUCCGUGUUUGGAGAAGAGGCGUAACUCUCCGGAUCAGGGCUCGCCGUCCAUCGGUCCGCGCUUCCGAGCGAUACAGCUGAGUCCCAGUGAGAGUAAGUGGAGCUCUGUUUGGCCGCUGGAGUCUCUUCCUCUCAAGCAGACCAACGGCGAGAGGAGAUUCGCUCCUCAUCUGAGCCCCAAAAGCCCCAAGAGUCCAAAGAUCCUCCGUCUGAGUGCGCAGGAGAACAGUCUGUCGAUGAGAGCCAAGCUCCUGGAGGUGGACAGUAAUGAGAACGAGGACUCCAAAGCUGAUUUUGAGGAGUACAGACCAAUCACACCAGAGUCCAGCCACAACGAGGGCUCAGAGAGUGAGGAAGGCGGCUUGUCCCCGUGCAGUUCUCCCAAACCGGAUCACUCCGGGCCGGUCUGUCUGGGAAAGAGCACACACCGCGCUCUACUCGGCAGCGCCGCCCUGCUGGUGUCCGUGGCUCUGGGUCGCUGUCUGGAGCCGCAGCACCCGCCCACACCGCCUCCACGGGCCUCGUCACGGAUGCACCUGCCCACGCUGGAGCCGGAGCCGGAGGUGGGAGAUCUGAUCACAUUCAGCACGGACUCACUGCCGCGAGGCUUUCUGGACUUGCUGAAGCCGCCGGAGAUCAAGCCGCUGCUGCUCAUGCCGCCGCCACCCAACCCGCGGGACAGAGAGCGGCCGGGACGCAGGACGGCUUCGGACUGGAGCGCACACGCCAACGGAGACGCCGAGGUGCCGCAGCAGAGCGGAGAGCGCAGGAGGAGGUCCAGCUACGGACUGAACUCAUCACAGCUCAUGUUGGAUCUUCCGCUGUGUCAGGACACGUUUGAGGCCGAGGACAAGUCUCUGCUGCCGUUCGCCCUGUAUCCACACCCCCGAUUGUGGAGCCCUAAAACGCGGCGUCUGGAGGUCAACAUCGUCCCUCGGCCGCGACCGUCCCCUAACCGGCCCCGCAUCGACCCGUGGAGCUUCGUAUCGGCCGGUGUGACGGACAGACCGGGCGCCAAGAAAGCCGUCAGCAGUCCCACGAGCCCUCGACUGGGGUACCAGCCCUCGCCAACAAACCCCUUCACAAACUGUGACCUCUUCCCUUCCCCGGACUGUGAUCCCUUUAAUCUGAAGUUCGACCCUUCCAUGAACUCGGACCACGCCUCAACCUUUGACCCCUUCUCGGCCCCCUUCCCCACCUCGCGCUCGGCGCCCUGCUCCACCAACGGAAGUCCCAAUCUGUCGCUCAGGGUGGCGCCGCUGAACCCGGCCGACUCGCCGCUCAUAGACCUGGGCUGGAUGGGCGGCACCAAAGAGAGGGUCCAUCCUCACCGGAGCCUCGGCCUCAGUCCGUUCAGAUCACCAGCUCCUCUCAGAGACGACAGGUUCUGAACACUGUCCCGCAAACGAGGGUCCAUGCCAAUUCUGGGAAACAAAACCAAGGAGAUUUCCAUUUGACCCAAUACUGCUGAUGUGUUGAUGGGUUCUGAAUGCUCAUUCAGCAGCGUGACUCCUCCCGGGAGUCACAAAACCUCAGUGUCUUCCUCUCUUGAUUGGUUGGUCUUCCUGUCUUUCAGCACUGUCUCAGGGUCUUAACGGCCUCUAGUUGCGCUUAAGUAGAUACGCACACGUUGCAUCGCUUUAUCUGGUCUCAAAUGUGAUGUAGUUAUUGUCAUAUGAUUUCAAAAUGAUUCCUCGUUUCAGCCCACAUUCGUCUCUGAAGGCGACAAAAGUUGCGUUUCAUAAUCCACGUCACGCGUCCCUGAAUGAGUCGAGAAACGUUCUGCUGACCUCGCUGGUGGUGUUUGAGUUGAGAUUAUGGGGAUGUAUCAGCUGACAGAAGUAGAAAUACAGAUCAGCCUGAGAUUAUGAAAUCACAAAAUCUUUUUUUUUUUUUAGAUACCAUCGUGUUGGCUCGCCAAACGUUGGACUGAAAAGCGUCAGGUAGAGUUUUAGUCCGAAGCAAUACGUAAACCUCAAAUCACUUUCAUCAUCAGUAGUUCUGUCUGGUUUUCCAGUAAAAUAAUAUUUAAAUCGUCUUGAAUUCAGAUGCAUUGAGAGGAAAUCCAUUUUAUAUUUCUCAAACGUCACAAAAUGUUGUUAAUGGCUAAAACAUUUUGGCAUUGCGACGAGACUUGUGUUUUUCAGUGUAGGUGCUUUUGACAAAAGUUCAUCCAGUUGAUUUUAGGUUGGAUUUCCAGUACAUAAUAUCUAAAUAUUCAAAAGUCAAAAUACAUUUACUAGAGAUGCAAACUGAAAAGUCUUGUUUUCCGAUGAAAAUGAUCAAAAUGAGUUUUUAAAGCAAGAAAGAAAUGUGUUCAUGGUGUAAGAAAACUGAACUUAAUUCAAAGGGAAACAAGUUUAUAUUUCUUCCUCCAAAUUUUCUUUCUUGUUUUAAGCAGCAAACUCAAUUCAUAUCGAUCAUUUUUAUCGGAAAACAAGACUUGCCGGUGAAACUCCUUCUGCAUAUGGAAGCUCAUUUCCGCCACGGAAUAAAAAGGUCAUUGGAACAAUCUCAUAAUUAAUGUCUCGCAAUUCUGAGGUUAUACCUGAGUUAAAGUCUCAACUGUGAGUUAUAAACGUAGAACUGUCAGAAAAAAGUACAAAUUGCAGGAUAAAAAGUUGCAGUUAGCCUUUUCAUGUUGUAUUCUGUGGUGAAAAUAAGCUUCCACGGAUAUGGGGUGCUCCUGCUGGAUAUCUCUGUCUUCUGACUGACGUUCACAAACACCUCUGCGAGCAGAUCGUUUCUCCUCAUUAGUGAUGAGGAUGAUGGUGAAUAAAGCUAAUCGCAAGCUAGUCAUAUUUAUUACUGAGGCCUUUAACACACUGGAUUCAAGAGAUUUAAGGGUCAGAGACACAGUCCACGUUAGGAUGCUUUAUUGUAUUUUAUAUUAAGACAUAUCUUUAGGUUUUGUUCGGUUCUUCACUGGAGUCUGUGGAGAUAUGGGUGCUGCAAAUGGCCAAAUCUGUGCUUUACAGUGUCAGAGUGGGACUGUGUGCCUUGAUUGAAAAGAGAAUCUGAAUUCUUCUUUUACGCUCAUGGUUUUUGAGAUUUCCUCGACCAAAACACUCCAGGCGUCUCUCAGGCUCACGGACGUUCACACUCAUCUUCCACUACCUGCUAAAAACUUGCCGAUUUGAGGGAGAAUCUUCUGUGUGAGGGGAAGAUUUCUUGUUGAUGAUGAUUCGUGUUUUAAUUGAAGCUUAUUGCUAUAUAUUCAGUUCUGUUGAAGCCCGUAUAACAUCUGUCGUGUGAGUGUUAUUCUCAAUGGGCUGGGCCUAAUCACUCCAUUACUCUCUCUGUGUGUGUGUGUGUGUGUGUGUGUGUGUGUGUGUGUGUGUGUGUGCGUGCGUGCGUGCGU